AUGGCUACCGACCAGGAAAAGGGUUUCGACGAACAAUCUGAGAUGAAGGACGCCUCUCGUGGCACUGUCCACGAAGCUGCUGGCCAUGGUCACGCUGCCACUGACGCAUACGGCAACUCUCUCGUCCAGUUCGACCCAGCUGCUGAGCGCCGAUUACGAUGGAAACUCGACUUGCACACUGUCCCAACUGUAGCAAUCCUGUAUCUCUUCUGCUUCAUCGAUCGCGCCAACAUUGGUAACGCUCGCAUUGCUGGACUUACAGAAGAUCUCAAACUCGUGAACUACGACUACAACAAGAUCCUCUCCAUCUUCUACAUCUCAUACAUCAUCUUCGAGAUCCCUGCCACUGUCGCCUGCAAAUGGAUGGGUCCCGGCUGGUUCCUCCCUGGUACCUCUCUGGCCUUUGGCAUCGUCAGUAUCGCCACUGCUUUCGUCCACUCCCAGGGCGCCAUCUGCGGUGUUCGCUUCCUUCUCGGCAUCUUUGAGGCUGGUAUGCUGCCCGGUAUCGCAUACUACCUCUCCCGUUGGUACAAGCGCUCUGAGUUGACAUUCCGCCUGUCUCUCUACAUGGUCAUGGCUCCCCUGGCUGGUGCCUUCGGUGGUCUCUUGGCCAGCGCCAUUCUCACCCUCGACCACUUUGGCGGCCUCCACCGCUGGCGAAUGAUCUUCGCCAUCGAGGGUAUCAUCACUGUUGCCCUGAGCCUCAUCGCCUUCUUCACCCUCACCGACCGACCCGAGACCGCCCGCUGGCUCACCCAGGAGGAGAAGGAGCUUUGCAUCGCCCGAGUCAAGUCUGAGCGUCUUGCCCAGACCGAAGUCGUCGACGGCAUCGACCGAACCAAGCUCUGGCGCGGUAUCUCCAACCCCAUCACCCUCCAGAUCGCCUUCAUCUUCCUCUUCAACAACAUCACCGUCCAGGGCCUCGCCUUCUUCCUUCCCACCAUCGUCGGCAGCAUCUACCCCGAUUACACCAUCGUCCAGAAGCAGCUCCACAGUGUCCCUCCCUACGCCGUGGGUGCCGUUUUCGCUCUCGUCUUCCCUGCCAUCAGUUGGUGGGCCGACAAGCGACAGAUCUUCAUCAUCCUGUCCGCCCCAACUGUCAUCGCCGGCUACUCCAUGUUCCUCGCCUCUAAGACACCAGAGGUUCUGUACGGUGCUUGCUUCAUGAUCGCCAGCACAUGUAUGGUUCUCGGUACCAUGACGAACGCUCACAUCAGCGCCAACGUUGUCAGUGAUACCGCACGAAGCAGUGCCAUUGGUCUUAACGUCAUGUUUGGCAACAUUGGCGGUCUCAUCGCCACCUGGUCUUAUCUCAGCAAGGACGCCCCUCGCUUCCGCAUCGGCAACAGUCUCAACCUCGCGGCAGGAUGCCUCAUUUUCCUCAUUAGCAUCGGUGGAUAUCUGUGGAUGAAGUGGGACAACAGACGACGCGAUAGCAAGAAUGUUGAGCAGGAGCUGGCAGGCUUGUCUCCCGAAGAGAUUGCGAACCUCGAUUGGAAGCAUCCUGGCCACAGAUGGCGCGACUAA